AUGACCAAACAGUCAGCGUCCUGUUCGAUCACUUUGAGCAACAUGGUGAAGAACAGCAAAAGCCGCCGGAAGUCGUCGUCCCGUUCGCUGAACAGUACGCCGGAAAGUUUCGAGUGUGAGCAACUGCUACCACCCGGGGUGGUGUCCGCGGCGCCGUUGUUUCCCGGCGGCACCCGCUGCUAUCAAUCGUCGCUGCGAAGCUACAACAAAUGGUCACCGACGGAGCAGGGAGCCACGCUGGUUUGGCGCGAUCUGUGCGUCUAUGCGACCGGUGACAAAAAUGGCACGAAUGGAGGCGGUCAAAGUCGGAUAAAGCGAAUCAUUAAUAACGUAAGCGGAGCGGUCACUCCUGGGACGUUGAUUGCGCUGAUGGGCUCGAGUGGAGCGGGAAAAAGCACGCUCAUGUCGGCGCUGGCUUAUCGGACGCAGCCGGGGACUGUCGUGCAGGGGGAUGUUCUGGUGAAUGGACACCCGAUCGGUCCGUACAUGUACCGGUUGAGUGGAUUCGUACAUCAGGAUGACCUUUUCGUGGGUUCGCUGACGGUGGGUGAGCAUUUGUACUUUAUGGCGAAACUGAAGCUCGAACGAAGCGUCAAUCGGAAGCAUGCGGCUCGGCUGAUUCAGGACCUGCUGGAGAGAACCGGACUGACGAAGUGCGUCGACACGAGAAUCGGAGAGGUCGGCGAGGGUAAGAUGCUGUCCGGUGGGGAGAAAAAACGGCUGGCGUUCGCUACGGAACUGCUCACCAAGCCGACGAUUUUGUUUUGCGACGAACCAACGACCGGACUGGAUUCGUUCAGUGCACAAAACCUCGUGUCGACGUUGCAGCUGUUGGCCAAACGAGGCACUGCCAUUAUCUGCACGAUCCACCAGCCUUCGAGUCAGUUGUUUUCGAUGUUCGAUCAGGUAAUGCUGCUGGCCGAUGGCCGCGUUGCCUACGCCGGGAAGCCGAAUGAUGCGUUGGCGUUUUUCGAACAGCAUGGCUAUGGCUGUCCGUCGAACUAUAACCCGGCUGAGUUUCUGAUUGGGGUGCUGGCAACGGCUCCCGGCUAUGAGAAGGCAUCACAGAGGUCCGCCCAGCGGCUGUGCGAUCUGUUUGCCGUCAGCGAAGCGGCCGGUCAGAGGGAUGUGCUGAUUAACCUGGAAAUGCAUAUUGCCGAAAGUGCCGAUUUUAAGGUGAAAGACACGAAAAAUCUGUUGCGCAAGCCGCUGUGGAUUUCUACGGUUUUUUGGUUGACCUAUCGGGCGUUUUUGACGGUGGUGCGAGAUCCUACGGUGCAGUAUCUUAGACUCCUGCAGAAAAUUGCGAUUGCACUGAUGGCGGGGUUAUGUUUCACCGGUGCCAUCAAGCUGGACCAGCUUGGCGUUCAAGCCAUUCAAGGAAUUUUGUUUAUUUUCGUCUCGGAGAAUACCUUCUCGCCAAUGUACUCGGUUCUGUCGGUUUUUCCGGAAACCUUCCCUCUGUUUAUGCGUGAAACUAAAUCCGGUCUGUACCGAACCUCCCAGUACUAUGUAGCCAACAUGUUGGCGAUGCUGCCGGGACUGGUACUGGAGCCGUUGGUUUUCGUUGUCAUCGCCUACUGGCUGGCGGCGCUGCGCCCAUCGGUCAUGGCCUUCUUCGUUACCGUCAUCGCAUCGAUGCUGGUUAUGAACGUUUCCACGGCUUGCGGGUGCUUCUUUUCGGCUGCCUUCAACUCGCUGCCGCUGGCGAUGGCCUAUCUGGUGCCGUUCGAUUACAUACUCAUGAUUACUUCGGGGGUUUUCAUCCAGCUCGGUUCGAUGCCCGUGGCAAUCUCCUGGAUGCCGUACAUUUCCUGGAUGAUGUACGCCAACGAAGCCAUGUCCAUCGCACAGUGGCAGGGUGUCACCAAUAUUACCUGUUCCGCGGAGGACCCAAAUUUACCGUGCCUGCGAACCGGCGAGCAGGUUCUGAUGCACUACAGCUUCGAAGAGGCACAUCUCGGACGUAAUCUCUGGGCAAUGGUGGUCCUCUACUUUGGCUUCCACGUGCUUGGGUGCUUGUUUUUGUGGCGAAAAACGAAACACUAG